GUAGAAGAAGAAAUCACUUCCAAAGAUGAUCACUUGCAAGAUUUGAGGAUGUGCGCUUUUGGAGUUACUUCUAGGAAGUUCCUUGGUUUUAAUGUUCAACAUCGAGGUAUCGAAAUUGAUCAAGCUAAGGUGGAUGCUAUCUUGAAAAUGCCCGAGCCUAAAGAUAUUCAUGAAUUAAAAAGCUUGCAGGGUAAGUUGGCAUAUCUUAGGAGAUUUAUUUCGAAUCUGGCUGGAAGAUGCCAACCAUUUAGUCGCCUCAUGAAGAAAGGGGUUCCUUUUGAAUGGGCUCAAGCUUGCAGAAAUGAUUUUGAAAGCAUUAAGUCUUAUCUGAUGAAACCCCAGUACUGGCUACCCACCGCCAUACCUGGAAAGCCAUUAAUAUUAUACGUUUCAGUACAUGAAAGGUCGGUAGGAGCGCUUCGAGAUCAAGGAAACAAUGAAGGCAAAGAAAAUGCACUUUAUUACUUGAGUCAGAUGAUGAUGCCAAAUGUGCUCAAGUAUUUGCCUAUUGAGAAGUUAUGUUUGGCACUUGUCUUCUCUAUUCAGAAUCUGAAUCAUUACUUCCAAGCUCACGUUGUGCGACUCGUGUCAAGAGCAAACCCUAUCAAGUUUGUCAUGUCUAAACCAGUCCUAAGUGAUCGAUUAGCGAGGUGGUACCUCCAAUUUCAACAAUUUCAAAUUGUGUAUGUUCCUCAAAAGGCAGUAAAAGGACAAGCAUUAGAAGACUUCCUAACUGACCAUCCGAUUCCACAUGAUUGGGAGUUGUCUGAUGAAUUGCCUGAUAAAGAUGCAAUGGUCAUAGAAAUUCAGCCUCCUUGGAAGAUAUAUUUUGAUGGCGCUGCACAUCGUGAAGGAGAUGGCGCUGGAAUAAUGUUUAUCACUUCUCAAGAAGAAGUUUUGCCCUAUUCUUUUACUCUGACACAACAGUGCUCCAAUAAUGUUGCUGAAUAUCAAGCGCUCAUAUUUGGGCUUGAAAUGGCUGUGGAUAUCAAACAAUUGCAAACACAACUUUUUGGAGAUUCCAAGUUAGUGAUCAAUCAAAUUUUGGGUAGCUAUAAGGUCAAGAAUCCAGAGUUGGUGCCAUAUCACAAAUAUGCUCAAAGAUUGGUAAGUUGGCUGGCAGAGGUAACUACUCUACACGUGCCGAGAAAGGAAAAUAAGAGAGCUGAUACAUUAGCAUCCUUAGCUUCUACAUUAUCUUUUCCUGAUCAGACACAAGUCACUGUUUGCCAAAGAUGGGUAGUUCCUCCACCAAAUGACAAUGAGGAAGAAGAAAGCGAAGCUGAGCAUACUGCUUCUGUUCUUGAGUUUGGAAUUGAAGACUGGCAACAACCGUUAAUCGAUUAUCUUUGUUACGGUAUAUUGCUAGAAAAUUUUCGAAGGAAAACGAAAAUCCGAAGGAGAGCCCCUCGUUUUCUUUGUUAA